AAUAUCCAAAUUGCAAGAAUACACUGGAUACUGCUCUUAUAAAAUCAAGAGGAAAUCAUCAAAAAAUGUUUUAAUUAUUGAAACUACAGUUGAAAUCAUGGCUACAUCAGCAAAUCUGGAUAUUGGAGCCCGGCUGAUAGUGGAAGAGUGUCCCACCAGUUACAGUCUGAGUGGCAUGCCAGACGUUAAAAGAGAACAUCAGCUGGACGCAAGUGCAGAAGAAGGAUCAGCUCAGAGUGUUGCCAUGGGAAUGAAAUUCAUAUUGCCCAACCGAUUUGAUAUGAACGUGUGUUCUCGCUUUGUGAAGUCCUUAAACGAGGAGGAUAGUAAAAACAUUCAAGAUCAGGUUAACUCUGACCUGGAGGUGGCAUCUGUCCUCUUUAAAGCUGAAUGCAAUAUCCACACAUCUCCUCCUGGAAUUCAAGUGAGGCACGUCUACACUCCCUCUGCAACAAAGCACUUCUCCCCCAUCAAACAGUCGACUACCUUAACCAACAAACACAGAGGAAAUGAGGUCUCGACCACACCUCUCUUAGCAAAUUCUUUGUCUGUUCACCAGUUGGCCGCUCAGGGAGAGAUGCUCUACCUGGCUACCCGUAUCGAACAAGAAAAUGUUAUCAAUCACACAGAUGAAGAAGGAUUUACUCCUCUGAUGUGGGCCGCAGCACACGGGCAAAUAGCUGUGGUCGAGUUUCUCCUUCAGAAUGGUGCUGACCCCCAGCUUUUAGGAAAAGGUCGAGAAAGCGCACUGUCCUUCGCCUGUAGUAAAGGCUACACCGAUAUUGUCCAAAUGCUGCUUGGUUGUGGAGUUGAUGUCAAUGAAUACGAUUGGAAUGGAGGGACACCUUUGCUUUAUGCUGUACAUGGAAAUCACGUGAAAUGUGUAAAAAUGUUGUUAGAAAAUGGAGCUGACCCAACAAUUGAAACCGACUCUGGUUAUAAUUCUAUGGAUUUAGCUGUAGCCUUGGGCUACAGAAGUGUUCAACAGGUUAUUGAGUCACAUUUAUUGAAGCUGCUUCAAAACAUCAAGGAGUAGACAUCGUCAUCAGAAAGUGUUACCUGCCCUGCCAUUUACUUUUUGGCCCUUAUAAAUGAUAGUUUUGUUUACUUAUAAAUUUUUACCUCAGUUGCAAUAUUUACUGAUUUUUAGUAAGUUUUAAUAAAUAUUCCUGAGUAAUUCACUGGUUUAUAAUAAAAUUAAUGUUGAUGCUUUCUUUAUAAAUGUGUUUUACUACAUAUUUAAAAUUAUAAAUUAAUGUUUUGUGGCAUGUAAAUUUUUAUGGUACAGAUAGUUAUCUGUCUUUGUAUCAAGUGCUGUAAUUAAACAUUUUCAGAAAUUAUUCUACCCUAUUCAUCUUGACGCUUGUAUUAACUCAUUGACUUUAUAUAGGUAGGGUUUGCUAUAAAUCCAUAGGGAAAAAGAUUGUUAUUGUUGAAUUAAAAAAUGCACAGUGUGACUGUUUACAAAAUGAUGUUAUAAAUAAAGUACUUUUUCUGUUAGUUUG